GGCGCCGCGCAUUCCGGCAGCGGCAGACAACGCGGCACGAUCAAGCCGAGUUAAUCGUCGUCGAACAACCUCACUUCGUCGCAUCCACUUAGAGUGUGUACCACGCUGACUGUACGCACCGUCACAGCAAAGUCAAAGAAAUAGGACCGGAUAUGGGCGUCGUUAAGACCGCUUCUGAAAGCGUCCUCGAGGAAACUAUCGUUCCCAGCGAGGAAGCGAAUUAUUCCGUGCAAGGCCACGCCGAAGAAUGGACGGAAACGUUUCCGUAUCAGCUGCUGGUUGGAACGGGAGUAGCGUUGAUGGCUCUAUUACUGUUAGCUGCCGUGAGCUUCCAAUGUUCUUCUACCUGGCGAUGGUUAAUGAGGGUGAGACGGCACAUGAAGGAGCAAGACGCUGAGAGCGAACUAUCGCAGCAAAACGCUAUACGUAUCAGUCAUUCUCUGCCGGAUCUCCAAUCAGAGCCAAUCACUCACGAGUACGUCCAAGAGCAAAAAGAUAGCAAAAAGGUAUUGCGCCAGACGACCCUACCCAUCGUACCGAUGAGACACCAGAGUUUUCAGAGACAACUCUCCCAUCGUCUCGAUCUACCGAUUAAGUUUAGCAUUUGCAGUCUGGAGAAUCGUAGCGAUUCCAGUCUUGGCUUGAUCAAGCCGGAACUUUACAAAAAGGAGCUGGGACAAGAGGACGCGGAUAGUUGCAGUACCACGGAGAUGGAGUACGCCGGCAAGCUACAUUUUGCUUUACGCUAUGACAAGGAGAUGGAGGGUCUUGUGGUCAAAAUUCUAGAAGCUCGAGAAUUACCAGUGAAGGAUGUGACAGGCAGCAGCGAUCCUUAUGUUAAAGUGUAUCUUUUACCAGACCGAAAGAAGAAGUAUCAAACGAAAGUGCAUCGAAAGAAUCUAAAUCCCGUAUUCAACGAAACGUUUAUAUUCAGUGUAUCGUAUGAAGAACUGAGGGAGCAGUAUCUUCAGUUUUCCGUUUACGACUUCGAUCGAUUUUCCCGGAAUGAUUUAAUCGGGCAAGUGGUGUGGAAGGAGCUGCUGGACUGCACCGACCUCGAACAAGAGAUUGAGUAUACGAUGGACAUUCUGUGCGCCAUGCAGGACAAAGUGGACUUGGGAAAAUUGAUGCUGUCGCUCUGCUACCUACCGACUGCUGGCCGGCUAACAGUGACUGUAAUUAAAGCGAGAAACUUGAAAGCUAUGGAUAUAACAGGAUCGUCAGACCCAUACGUGAAGGUGUACCUGCUGUGCCAGGACAGACGAAUCAAAAAGAAGAAAACCUCUGUGAAGAAGAACACGUUGUUCCCCGUGUACAACGAGAUCCUGGUGUUCGACGUGCCGGCGGAAAACAUCGAGGACGUCAGUCUCAUAGUAAAAGUAAUCGAUUACGACAGAAUCGGUUCGAACGAAUUAAUGGGCUGCACAGCGAUUGGCGCUGAUUUCAUUGGUAUUGGACGCGAACAAUGGCUGAAAAUGCUGGAGAACCCCAGGAAACCGGUGACGCAAUGGUAUCCACUGAUGGAAACGGUUCCUGGCCAUAUCCCAUCUGUGAGUUCGGAACCUCUUCCAGUAAGUCUGAGCUGCUUGAACAGCAGAUGAAAACAGCACGGCUGGAAUAAGUAUCGAGGGAAGUCGCAGUUCUUGUCGGACGUCGGCUUGGGCGUUGUUUCCUUCUGUCGUCAUUUAAUGCACACCGCUUGACUGACUUAAGUACAAUUCCUAUCUUAAAAAAGAAGAGCUCGAGAAAGAAACACGAAAGAAACAAAACAAACCAAACCAAAAAAAAGGCAAAAAUGUGAAAAAAAUCAGAAAAAAGACAUAACACACUCUGUGCUUUCUGGAAUAUAAUCAAACGUGGCGAGCGUGAAAUAGUAAACAAACAGUAGAUCGUAGUAGAAUGUUUGUAAAAGCGUAAUAUGAUAGCGGAGUCGAUGAAUGGCCAGGUUGCUCAAACUAUCUUUGCAAAAAAAUUAACGAAAAAAUAUACAUAUAUAUAAGUAUAAAAAAAACAAUAUUAAGAAAGAGAGAAAGAGAGCAAGAUAGAAAUAAAAGAUAGAAUAGUUUAUUUUUUGAGAACGAAUCCAGGCUGGUCCUGUAUUCAAGCGUACACACGAAUACGAAAUAUAGUUUAUCAACUAUACCACGAGCAUAUAUAUUUUAUCAUCAAGAGAAAAGAGAUUCAUUGACCCAAUAGAUGGUUGAGAAUAGAGCAAAAUUUUAUGAUGGUCCAAAAUAACGAAACGCGCGAACUGUUCGCUGCUCGAUACUUUCGCAAACACCUUUUCUUUUCCGAUCGAACAAUACGACCAAGAUACCAGGAUAACGACUGGAAUCCCUAUAGACGCGUGAAAUUUCUACAGACAAUAUUGAAAAAUAAUUGUCUGGUGGAAUAUAAAGAAUAGUAGAAUUGUGAAAAUUGUAGAAAACAAGCUUUGCUAUAUACACGGCACUUCGAAAUAAUCGGUACGAACAAAAGUUUCAGCGCGGAGAACGGUCGGUCGAACGCACAGAUUUUACUCGGAAUUCUUUCACAAACACCCGUAAUGCUCGUUGGCGAUUUAGAAUUUAUUUGUAUAGCAUUAUCUUUGUUUUCUUAACCGUAUCUGAAUUGUACAUUUUCUUUCAUUUGGAUGUUAGUAUCCUUUGCUGUCCAAAAAUAUUGUUACAAACAGAAAUAUUCUGCUAUAAGCUCCGAUUCGGUCGGAUCAUUUAUCUCUGCAUGCCUCUGUAACGAGCAUAUUUAAAAUCGCUGAGAUCUACAAAUACGAUGUCAACAACGCAUAAAGUUUGUUAGUUAUACGAUGUGAAACAUAUAUGGUUGCAUAUUACUUAUGUACGUGACACUAUUGCACAGCAAUUAUGCUGCACUCGUUGGCUUGCGAUACAAUAUACGAAUUAAAGAACACGAUACAUACAAUAGUCGCUUCAGAUAGUGAUCUUGGUGAAAUCCACCGGAUGGAUCCUAUCAAAGGUGUAAUCAAAGCACCUCUUUCGUGCUUCUGAAGUUAACUCUUUCUGUCGAUUAAUCUAUGCAUGAUGCCACGAAGAAAUAUUAUAAGGACAAUAACCGAUUUAACCAGAUAAAUCCUGUAGACUUCGAAUAGAGCAAUAUUUCCUAAACGUAAACGUAUCCGUGAAUGUUACUAAUCGUUGUUCUAUGUGAAUCAUGCGACACGAACACAACGGAAAGCAACCAAACGAAGAGCAGGAUAAUAUAGACGAAAAAACAAGAUAAAAAUAGAUGUAGCGAAAGCGACGUUUACUAAUUCACGCUCCUACGCCAAUUUCGCGCAAAUGUUCUUAUUUAACGCGAUACGUGUUUCGGUAUGAAGCUCGUCGAUGGGCACUGUUUGUGAUAACGCGCCCGGAGGUACGUGCAUUCAUAUGAAACGAACAAAUAAACACACAUACAGAAACGAGCGAGUACAGUCCUUUCAAGAAAAGUGUUUAAUGUAAUGGCAAUGAUAUCAUUACGUUUAAGAGUUUGAGUCGGUGAAGGCCGUUGUAGGUAAUUUCUACUAUGGCGCCUGUCUACCUCAGCUAUCCUUUUCUCGGAAAAGGAAGGAAGGAAAGGAUUUCUUGGGAAUCUUAUAGAUUUAGGAGAUUUAGAAGGUAAGCGUUCUUAAUGGUAAUUCAGAAAAUACAAAAUUGUGGAAAAGUCGUAAAAUCGACGAUAGUAGCGCUAGUAUGAGAAAAAGAGAGAGAGAGAGAGAGAGAGAGAGAAAGAAAUAGAGACGUUCUAAGUUAAUAAAGAGAAGUUAAUAAAGGAGUGUCUCGUAGAAGCAUGGAGAAUUUAUUUAGGAAUAUUUAUCGAACUUUAUUGUAAUACAUGUGUAUCUACUCGGUAACGUUGCAUGCACGUGCGAAGGGCUGCGUCGUAAAGAAAUGAAUCAACGCGAACGAUGCGGAGCGUGUAUAUCACACGUAUACAAGCGACAUUAUGAUGUAUCGUAAGAAAUAUGUAUAACAGGUAUAAUAAUCAAGUAUAAAGUUGAAGAACACGGGGUGUGCGAGAGGAGCGCAUGUAAAAUGGUAUUAAUUGUCACGCGUCUAAUGAUAUCUCGAUCAACCGCGAUGGCUCGUAUUUUAUGUCGGUUAACGAUCGAUCAGCCAUGAAAAGUACAGAAGCUGCAUUCUUGCAUGUAUAUGGGCGUCUUUGGAAGACAGACGGAAGAGGAGGAUCGUCGAGAAGCGAGUAAUCGAUGUAUACGUAAGACAGAAUAAUUGCCUGCUUAAUUAUUAAGGUAUGAGAUUUCGUUUGUAAAAACACUCUGUGUUCCAUGUAGUUGAAAGUAUAUCUAACCUGUAUCGAAACAUAGAUUACUAUGCAAGAGGUACUAUAGAAUAAUAAUUUUUUGAACUAAUUGCAAGAGAAAAUGGUGAUAACAUAAGUACAGUAGAGACACGAUAAAAAUGUGCCAAGCCGCAAAAUAGUGUAGUAUCGUAGAAAGUAGCGCAGAACGUCAUAAGCUUUUAGUGGUUAAUCCUCGGAGCAUAUACACGCAUAUAUACGUAUAUUUGUAUGAUCGUUGUACUAAUACGCGUAUCCAGUCAAUUUGAUAGUUUGGCUGCCGGCGAGUUUUUCGACAUCGUCCUUAGAGAUUCCAGCGACGCCCAUCGUUGGUUACACGGCAGACAAAAUUAACAUAACUAUUAUAUUCUUUCGUACGAAUUACAAGCAUUGUACUACAGACUGAACUUACUCAAACAAUUUCAUACGGUGAACGUAAUUACCGCGAUGCCUGCAUCGUUUUGCAAUUGGAGUAGCCGUUCAAACGUAUUGAGACUGAAGAAUGUUCUUUUCUAUGUAUAUGCAAGGAAUAGAUACAUGGUAGAAUAGAUCUGUAAUACCAUAAUACUGUAGCUAAGGUCACGAGUAUUCACCAGUGAAGGUUACUGAGGGAUAAGUGUUACUAUAAGAUAUAAGUGCUACUAGCAGAAAAGUAGCCACAGAGAACGUGUUCUUAUAGAUAUGGGGAACUAUGAAGAGGAAUAUAAUAUUACGAAAAAAAGGAACCGAGCUACAGCAAGAGAUACCAUUAAAAUUUACGAUCAGUGCUGUCUAAUUACAUGUAGCAUCUUUCAUAUGGCUUUGCUAUACUGCAGUAUAUCCCUAAUUGCUUUGCAGUAGGCGGUAUCUUCCAAUCCCGUGCUCUCUUCCGUAUUUUCCUCUUCAAUACUUUCUUGUUUAUUUUUUACUCAUAAUUUCUUAAACAAUAGCCAACUAUAUUUCAUGUUCUCCUAUUAGUGAGUAAAAUUAGCGUCCUGGUUUCUCAAACAAAGUCCAGGCAAAGGAUUGGGACAGUAUUAAUUUUAAAUCGAGUAAUAUCCUUUCAGCAACCGAUGCUGGUAGCUAUUAUUAUAACUUUGAAUACGAGAAUUAGUUAAAAGUUAGCGACGCUCGAUGUAAGUGAAGUCGUCGACCUGCGUGAUACUCAUCGUCAGUGUAUGAAUUCUUUUCAAUCUGGCAUUUUUCUAUUCGUUCCUGUAUACUAUUAUUGUGCGUCGAUGUUCGAGUUAGCGGGUUACUUUUUUUGUACCGUAAUCGGAUUUUUCGAGUAACGUCGAACGAUACGAUGUCGUUUCACUUCGCAUCGUUCCAUUGGAUUUGUCAAAUCGAUGAAAUAUCGAUCGUGGAUGAUCGAUAUGUGUGGGACGCGCAUGCAUAUCAUAUCACGAGACGAACGAACGGGCUGACGAGUAUUUACAUAUUUCACUGGACAAGUGAUUUUCGAAUGGAGAGAGUAACCCGGUACCGCUGGUAACAUGUACCUAUUUUCUAACGAGUGUGUAUAAUCUAUAUUGUAUAUUCGGGCACGCCAGUGUCCUCUUGUGAUUGUGAAUGAAAUAAAUAAAUCGGUACCACAUAGAA